ACCCGAAGUAAGCGGCGGAGACGGCGAAGGAGACGCCUUUCCUCCCUUGGUUCAUCCGCUAUUCGCGGGAGCGCGCCUUCCGCGAUGGGGACGCGACUUCCUUGAAUGCUCAAGACGAGUCCGAGCAAGAGGGCGAUAACGGGGAAAACGGCUGGAGCAUACAAGUACACCUCUGCCAUCUGCUUCCUGGGGAGGGGCAUAUCAAAACCCCUGUUAUCCGUACUCUGGAUUGGAAAGAAGGAAGAGCAAAGCAGGCUGGGACUGUAAUACUUUGGGGAAAUCAUCUUGACAUGGCUAUGCUUUCCAGCUAACCCAGGGAUGAAAAGGAAAACAGCAGAAUAUUCAUGGAAGCCAGUAUCACAGAGCAAAUCUUCUCCAUGUGAUCGAUACAAGCAUGCCUGCUGCAUCUGCCGAGGGUUCCUUUAUGUUUAUGGUGGCCGGCAAAACUCCAGCUUGAGUGAUUUCUGGCGGUACAAGAUAGCGAGUUACGAAUGGGAGAGGCUGGAAAACUCAGAAGAUGGCCCCGAAGAACUGGAAGAGCACACAAUGGUGGAUUAUCAGGGUGUCCUCUAUGUCUUCGGUGGAAUGGUAGAUUCUGCUUUUACACAAAGGAAGAAUCCUCUCUGGAUGUAUGACACUGAUUCAACAAAGUGGAUGGAGCGCCAGCUCACAGCAGCAGAGGGUGAGGGACCAGCUCCAGUUAAUCGGAAGGGGCACAGUGCAGUUGUCUACAGAGGUAGAAUGUAUUUGUACGGUGGAUACAUUGACAUUAAAGGUGCUUCCCAAGAAUUCUGGACUUUAUGUUUAAAUACAAAACUGUGGACACCUAUACCAGCUGUAUCUUUUGGUGGCAGUCCAGGCCCUCGGCAUGGUCACUCAGCUGUGGUUUAUGGCACCAGUAUGUACUUAUUUGGAGGGCUAAUGGGUCUGAGUGAACAAAAGGACUUCUGGAGGUGGGAUUUCAUGGCUGCCAACUGGUCUCAUAUCAGAGCAAGUCAGGGCCCCCCCAAAGUGGUGGGACACUCAGCCUUAAUCUUUGAAGAUUCCAUGCUGGUCUUUGGUGGAGGAAUCUCUAAUAGCAGGCCAAGCAGUAUGCUGUGGAAAUACCAUUUUCCAUCUCAAAUGUGGAAAAAACUGGCUAGUCCAACAAAUCCUUCAUCCAAAGCUUUUCAUUGCCUGCUGGGAAUUGGAUAUGGUUUCCAAGAGACUGCUGAUCCUUCAAGGAUGUCACUCAGCUACUUAUAUCCAAAGGAAAAGGGCUGUUCAAAGCUACUGGCUAUGUCUAAGCAGCAUGCUUGCUUUUGUGAGUAUAUUCGCCAGGAGCCCACAUACCAGACAUUCAGCAAUGAUAACAAUGAACUUGAAAUGAAAACCUUUUACCUGUCGCAGCAGGAGCCAGGAUUUUGUUCAUCCCAAACCACUUUGAAUGCAGAACUGAGUGCAAACCAGGCAGCAGGUAUAGUGUCUAAGAAAGAGAGAAUGUCUUACCUCAACCUUUCAAGAGAACAUGAGUUUACCACCCUUGCCUGUACAGAGAGAAAGAUGAGCCUCAGUGAUCUGAGACCUGACUCUGUGGACUUUAGCAAGUCUCCUGCUGUGCUGCUGCUUAUCGGAGGCAAACCUUUGUCAAGUUCCUCUUUAAUCUCAUUUUGGCAAAUGGAACUAGACAAUAUUUAAAUGGCACACACAUACCAAGGAGGGAGAACAAAAACAUGCCUAGUCUUGGCAAAGUCAUCUACCAGGAAUGAUGUUUUUAAGGAUAUUAUGGAUUUAAGGUUUUUGUAUGGUUUUAUGUAUGCUGUGUUUUAUAUCUAUGUAAUCAGCAUCGGAACCCACAUUCUGAGUGAGAGGAGAACAAAAAAUAAAUUUUAUUAUUAUUACUA